AUGCGCAGCAGAAUGGAGCACAAGAGUGCGGGCAUGCCUCGGAGGGUGGAAAGCCUGACGGAGAUGGUGGACUCGUUGGUGGCCAGAUGCGGCGGAGACAAGCCGAUCACCAGUAUCCUUGUGGCCAACAAUGGACUAGCCGCUGUCAAAUUCAUGAGGAGCAUCAAGUCGUGGGCAUUGUGCACGUUUGGCAACGAGAAAGCAGUGUCCCUUGUUGCCAUGGCGACUCCAGAGGACCUUCGCAUCAAUGCAGAGCACCUGCAGAUGGCGGACCAGUUCGUGGAGGUGCCUGGUGGAACGAACAACAACAACUAUGCUAACGUCAGGCUCAUCGUUCAGAUGGCGGAGUGGGCUCAGGUGGACGCUGUGUGGCCAGGCUGGGGGCACGCUUCAGAGAUCCCUGAGUUGCCAAGGCUGCUUGGUCUUACGCCUUCGGAAAUUCGAUUUCUUGGCCCUGGAGAGGAAGCCAUGGCAGCACUAGGGGACAAGGUGGGCUCCUCCAUCUUUGCCCAAGCCGCUGGGGUGCCCACAAUCCCUUGGAGUGGCAGCCAUGUGAAGAUGUCCUUUGCGGACUGCGGGGGCACCAUUCCCAAGGAUGCCUACGACCAGGCCUGUGUCAACACUGUGGAGGAGGCUCUGGAAUCCUGCUCUAAGAUUGGCUACCCUGUGAUGCUGAAGGCAUCUUGGGGUGGUGGGGGCAAAGGCAUCCGCAAAGUGGCCUCCGACAACGAUGUCAAGCUCGUCUUCAAGCAGAUCCAGGGAGAAGUGCCAGGCUCACCCAUCUUUGCGAUGAAGCUGGCAGCGAUGAGCCGCCACUUGGAGGUUCAGCUGCUUUGCGAUCGCCACGGCAAUGUGGCCUCCCUAUAUUCCAGGGAUUGCAGUCUACAGCGAAGGCACCAGAAGAUUGUUGAGGAGGGGCCUGUGAUCGGGGUGGAUCCAGAGCUGCUGAGGGAGAUGGAGCGGUGUGCGCGUGAGCUGGCCAAGUCGGUGAACUAUGUGGGGGCCGCCACUGUGGAGUAUCUGUAUGACAUUGUUGAGAGGAAGUACUACUUCCUGGAGUUGAAUCCGAGACUGCAGGUGGAGCACCCCGUGACAGAGGGCAUCACUGGCGUUAAUGUCCCUGCCUGCCAGGUGAUGGUCGGCAUGGGCAUCCCGCUGUACCGCAUUCCAGAGAUUCGUGCGCUCUACUGCAAGGAUCCGAAUGAUACUGACCCCAUUGACUUUGAGAAUGAUCCACAGAAGCCCACUGAUGGGCAUGUUGUAGCUGUGCGCAUCACAUCUGAGAAUGCUGCCAAUGGCUUCAAGCCAACUUCUGGCAGAAUCGACGAAUUGCUCUUUAGACCCACCCCAACGGUUUGGGGUUAUUUUUCUGUGAAGCCUGGCGGUGGCAUCCAUGAAUACUCAGACUCGCAGUUUGGGCACUUGUUCGCAAAGGGGUCGACCAGGGGGGAGGCCAUCAGUUCCAUGGUAGUGGCAUUGAAGGAGCUAAAAAUCAGGGGGGAGAUCCGGACCACAGUGGACUACCUGAUUGAGAUGAUCCAAGAUCAUGACUUUGUGGAGCAGAAGAUUCAUACUGGAUGGCUGGACAAUAGAAUCGCUGCACAGAUUGGCAAUGAGCGUGCACCCUGGCACAUCUCCCUGGUUGCUGGGGUGGUCCUCAAGGCGAUGGCUGUCUUCAGUUCCCGAUCAGCCGACUACAAGGAGCUGCUGGAGAAGGGACAGAUACCCCCCUCUUCGCUCAGUCUCACACAUUUUGAACAGGACCUGGUGCUGGAUGGCUUUAAGUACCGCCUGCACCUGUUCAAGCAGGGACCCUGCAACUAUCGGGUAGCACUAAAUGGUUCUUAUGUUGAGGUGGUCGCCAGGAGACAGGCUGAUGGUGUGACCCUUCUUCAGGUGGAUGGGGAGAAGCACGUGGUGCAUGCUGAGGAGGAGCCCAUGGGCACCCGGCUCAGCAUCGGGUCAUGGACAUCCUUUCUUGCCAAGGAGCACGACCCCUCACAGCUGCUGGCCCCCUCCCCUGGAAGGAUCGUCCGCUACCUGGUGCCUGAUGGAUCUCAUGUUGAAGCCGACCAGCCAUACGUGGAGCUCGAAGUCAUGAAGAUGUUGAUGCCCGUGCUGGCUCCGGCAGGUGGCACAGUACAUUUCAAGGUGCCAGAGGGGGCCACCCUCAGUGCAGGGGACCUGUUUGCACAGCUGGAUUUGGAUGACCCCGCAGCGGUCGUGAAAGCUGAAGCCAGCGAUGAGAAGUUCCCUGAAUUGGGGCCUCCACUGGUGCAGAGCGACCGUGUGGACCACCGUUUCAAGAAGGCAUAUGAGGCUGCAAGGAACAUUUUGGCAGGGUAUGAUCAAUCGGUUGAGUGGGUUGUGGAUGAGCUGCUGAGGUGCCUGGACGACCAAAGCCUUGCACCACUGCAGUGGUCGGAGCAGUAUGCAGUCGUGGAGGCGCGACUGGAACCAGCACUCAAGGAGGCGCUUCAGAGGUCGAUUGUUGGCUACGAAGCAGGAAUUAGUGCCGCCAUAGCGCAUCUGCCCCCUCCUGAAUUUCCUGCGCGUAUUUUACUGGAGACGAUGCACAACAGCCUUCAGGAGUGCCCCAUCGACGACCGCGCCACCCUCCUGGGCACCCUUGAGCCCCUGAUCCGCUUUGCGGAGGAGCAUUCCCAGGGCAACGAGGGCUACGCCUGCAGGGUGGCCAAAGACCUCCUGGACACCUACCUCAACGUCGAGGAGAAGUUCCUGACCAAUGCCCGGCUGACCACCGAGCAGGAGAUAAUCGACUCCCUGCGGGUGGAGCACUCGGGGAGCCUCAAGGACGUCCUGGACCUCGUCUUGUCCCAUCUGGGCGUGGCCCGCAAGUCCAAACUCGUCAAUGCACUCCUGACGUCCCUGGUGCUGCCCGCGCCGGCUGCGUUCCGACCCCAGCUGCGGCGGCUCACAGCGCUGUCCGGCAAGCCCACCGAGGAGGUGGUCCUAAGGGCCCAGCACCUGCUGGAGCAGAGCCUGCUGGGAGACUUGAGGGCUGUGGUCGCCCGCGCGUUGUCUGGCCUGGACAUGUUCUCCAUCGCCCAGAGGAGCGGCUCGUCGCACGACGGCCAGUCGCAGGCAGCGCACACACCCCGGGGGAGCCCCAUGCCUGCAGGGCGUGUUCCGCGGAAGGUGACGACCCAGGAGGGAUUGUACAGAGGCCUGGGCAACAUGGGCGGCGCCCUGUCCAACAUGCUCACCAAGUCAUUCGUUGAGGCGCAGAAGAUGGCCAUGCUGGUCGAAGCGGCAGCCGCUGUGGACGAUGCACUGGCCCUCCUGCUUGGAAAGCCCGGCACAAGCGACGACAGUGGGGGCCCAGGCCUACCGCAACGCGCCCUCAUGACCUACAUCAAGCGCAUCUAUCACCCCCACAUCUUGAGGGAGCCGACCAUCACGACGCAGGGUGAUGUGACAGUGGCGGUGUGGGUGUACGACAACCCGCAAUGCUCAGGCACCAGCGCGGCGCAUGAAUGCCACGGCGUGUUCGUGUGUGCGCAGUCGCUGUCCCAGUUUCCUGAGUGCCUCGCUCUGGCAAGGCAAGCCCUGGCGUCGAUUCAGACGCCGGAGACGAAGAUUGGGACGUUUCACAUGGCCCUGGUUGGCGACGAGAGCAAGGCCUUGGACCUUUCGCAGCAGGCGUCUGUGGUGCUUGAAGAGGGGGCGCUGGACACAGACGCCACGGUGACGCUGGAUGGCGCCGAGUUCACAACGGCCGCCUGCAGAUUCAACUUGCAGAGUGUCGAGCCCCACAUCCAGGCCAGUGUACAGGCGGCCACGGACGAGCUCCAGUCCAUGGGAUUCAUGGCCGUGAGCAUCCUGCUCAAGGCGUCUCAGCUGAAGGCACCCCUUAGGAAAGGCUACUGGUGGGAUGCCGAGGUCAGAAAGUUCUGCCCCGACCCCACUCUGAGGCAAGUGGAGCCGCCUGUCGCCCUAGCCCUCGAGUUGAGCAAGCUCCGGGGAUGCAAGCCUGAGUAUGCCCCCUCCCGAAACCGUCAGUGGCACACCUACACUAUCACCGAGUGCAAGGAGUCCAAGCGGCAGACCCUGAAGCGCCUCUUCCUGCGGGGCCUCAUUCGCCAAGUCGGUGGAACGCCUGCGUACCUGGCUGCGUCCUACGACGAGAACGAGGUGGCGGCCGCGACGGCCAUCAUCAGCGAAAUCGAGGACACGCUAGUGGGGUGCCUGGAGGAGCUGAUGAGGAUUCAGCGGAAGAGUGCGGGCGGGAAGACGGGCCAGGCAGUGGAUUGGACGCACAUCUUCCUGGCCGUGCUGCCCACAAUUACGCUGUACAGGUCGAGCGGGGAGUCUGGGGGACUCGGGGUUGAGAUCAAGGUGGCCAGCGCGUUGAAGUUGGCAUGUGCGGGGGUCAUGGCAAGGAGGAGCUCCCAGCUGCGCCAGGCUAGCGUCGCUCAGCUGGAGAUCAGGCUCAGGGCGCUGGACAACUGCGGAGCCUGGAGGGUGGUAGUGUCGUUGCCAACAGGUCACGAGACCAGCGCAGAUGACGUCGCCAUCUACCGGGAGAAGCUCGUGCAGGACGCGAAUGGCCAACAGGAGAGGGUGUACGAGUCCAAACACUUUGCAGGAUGCGCUGCGGGCCCACUGGACGGCCAGCCGGUGCUGCAGCCAUAUGGACCCCUUGACCCGUUGGAGCAGAAGAGGCUACAGGCGCGGAGGCUCAACACCACGUACUGCUACGACUUCCCCCGUGUGUUUGACAACGCCCUUAGGGAAAUAUGGUCUGAGCGGGCUCGAGCAGGUGACCCUGGCACGCCGCCUGUGGGCUACCUUGUGGAAGCUGAGGAGCUUGGGCUUGCGGCGCCUGGCAAGUCCCAACGCCUAGAGAAAGUUUCCACCCCAAUCGGCCAGAACAAAAUCGGCAUGGUGGCAUGGCUCAUGACCCUCAAGACGCCAGAGCGACCCCAGGGCAGGAAGGUCGUGGCCGUUUCGAACGACACCACAUUCCAGUAUGGGGCCUUUGGGCCCAAGGAGGACGCCCUCUUUGAGGCCGCGGUGAACUAUGCGCUGGCGGAGAAAUUGCCAGUUGUGUACCUGGCUGCCAAUUCAGGCGCCCGAGUUGGCCUGGCCAACGAAGUGAAAGCAAAGCUGAAGGUCGAGUGGGUGAACCAUGGCGACCCCACCAAGGGCUUCCAAUACUUGUACCUGGAAGACGCGGACUACCAGGACCUCUUGAAGCAGGCCGAGGGCGCGGGCCACCACUCCAUUGUGGCGGAGGAGGUUGCCUCGCCGGAGGGCGGGCGCAGAUGGAAGAUAACGGACGUGAUCGGCUUGGAGGACGGCCUGGGCAUCGAGUGCCUGAGCGGGAGCGGGGCGAUUGCCUCGGCGUACAACCGCGCCUUCCGCGAGGGGUUCACGAUAACGUUGGUGACGGGGCAGAGCGUGGGGAUAGGCGCUUAUCUGGCGCGCCUGGGACGGAGGUGCGUGCAACGCUCCGACCACCCCAUCAUCCUGACGGGCUUCCGCGCGCUGAACAAGCUGCUGGGCCGCGAGGUGUACACCUCCCACAUGCAGCUGGGCGGCCCCCGCGUGAUGGGCGUCAACGGCGUCUCCCACCACAUCGUGGACGACGACCUGGAGGGCGCGAAAGUGGUCCUGCGCUGGCUGAGCUACGCGCCGCCCGUGCUGGGAGGCUCCCCGCUGCCGCUGCCCAGCGCCGAUCCCGUGAACAGAAUGAUCGGCUAUGCUCCAGGGGCGAACGAGAAGCUCGAUGCUCGCAAGGCGAUUGGUGGUUACGCCAGCAAGGGGCGGGAUGUGGCUUGGGUAAGUGGCCUGUUUGACAAAGGGAGCUGGAUGGAGGCUCAGGCUGGGUGGGCCAGGACGGUGGUCACGGGGCGGGCGAGGCUGGGCGGCAUACCCGUGGGCGUCAUUGGGGUGGAGAGCCAGACGGUGAUGAAGAACGUGCCCGCCGACCCCGGGAUGCUGGAGUCGUCGGAGCAGAUGAUUCCGCAGGCCAGCCAGGUGUGGUUCCCGGACUCCUCCGCCAAGACCGCGCAGGCCAUCGAGGAGUUCAACCUGGAGGGCCUGCCCCUGGUGGUGCUGGCCAACUGGCGCGGCUUCUCUGGCGGCCAGCGGGACCUCUUCGAGGGCAUCCUGCAGGCUGGCUCGCUCAUCGUCGAGAACCUGCGCACCUUCCGGCAGCCCGCCUUCAUCUACCUGCCUCCGGGCGCCGAGCUGCGGGGAGGCGCCUGGGUGGUGCUGGACUCGAACAUCAACAGGGACAUGGUGGAGGUGUACGCGGACCCGACCGCAAGGGGGGGCGUCCUGGAGCCCGAGGGCAUCGUGGAGAUCAAGUUCCGGGAGCCGGACAUGGUGAAGAUGAUGCACAGGAUCGACCCCGUGCUGAUCGGCCUGAGGCGACAGAGCCCCGUUCCGACAGAGAGCAUCCGGCACCGCGAGGGCGAGCUGGCGUCGGUGUACCGCCAGGUGGCGACGCAGUUCGCGGAGAUGCACGACACGCCCGCGCGCCUGGGCGCCAAGGGCGCCAUCCGCGGUGUGGUCCCCUGGGCCCAGGCGCGGGAGUUCCUGGCGCGUCGGCUGAAGCGGCGCCUGGUCGAGGGGGCGCUGAUUCAGCAGGUGUGCUCUGCGGACCCAUCUCUGAGCCGGUCUCAGGGCGUGGAGUGCCUGCAGCGGUGGUUCUUGAACUCACUGCUGCCAGAGGAGGAGGAGGGCGCCAGCGGCGAGGACCGGGGCACCAUCAUCUACGGCGACGAGCCGGGGCUUGCGAUGAAAGAAGCGAGGCUGUGGCAGGACGACGGCCUGUUCUCAAGAUGGGCUGAGAGCUCCGCGGGGAGGGCGAGGAUAUCCAUCGAGCUAAAGGGGCUGAGGGCGGUGGCUGCCGCGCGGGUGGUGGAGCGGGCGGUGAGCACCUCGGAGGGUGAGGAGGGCCUCAUACGCGGACUGGGGGAGGCGCUGAGGAACGACAAGACUUUGCGCAUCAAACUCACUGCGCUGCUUGGGGAGUGA